UCAAAUCCCUCAGCACACAGACACACGCUCACUCUCCCUAAAGGAGGGAGCGAGGCAGAGACACAGAGAGGGGACUGAGAGAUUGAGAGGAGCUAGAGAGGAGGCUAUCUCUGGGCUGCUCUCCACUGCGACGUCUGGCUUUCACUAAGAGGUCCAUGACCAUGUUUUUCCUGGGCUUGUUUGCCUAAUUUAUUCCUGCCGGGGCCAACAGAACGAAAGACAGAAAGAAAGAAAGGCGGAAAAAGAAAAAAGGACGGGCAGAAUAGUAAAGAGAGUGCAACAGUACACCCUGACUCGCUGACAGGGAAUGCAGAGAGGUUCUGGCCUCUGGUUGUUACUGCUGGAUGGACAAGCACUGACAAAACAAGAGGAGGAAGAGAGAAGUAACACUUUGUGGAGGUUUGAGAAAGGAGGCGCGACUGCGACUAAGGAGAUUUCUCAACUCUUUUGUUUUGGCUUGUUGUUUUCUCUUUGACAUUUGAGCCCUCUGACACCACAGACUCCGAAGAGUUGGAGGAGCCACAAGAAAACAUCAUUUCACCACAGACAGAGAAGAGGAGGACUUAUUUGAUGAACUUUGGUGCUACAGAGACCACAGGGACAUUAUUCUAGGUUUGAAAGGAGUGUAUUAUCUUUCUCGCCACUUCUUAUUUUAAUAUCAAGUGUGGAAUCAGCUGCAUCUUUUGGGCUAUUUAUGCAACACAGAGGUGUUCCUAAACCAAAAUACUUAUUGCAUAAAAGCUGAAGUGGCAUUGUGGUCAUACGAAAGAAAGAAACCAAUUUCCAAACUCUCCAUAACUCUUUUUUCUCUUUUUUGGGACUUAUGACUGAACAUUUCCAGAGCAAAGUCUUAUUUUCCCUCUUCAUCACUAUCACCUCUGUGUCUGUAACAGCCCUGACAAGUCAAGAGUGAGUCUGGACUAGAACUGCCUCAGAUCAGCAGAUAACACCUCUGCAUGGCAGGAACUGGUUGGACUAGUUUAUAAGUUGGAGCAGAGGGCAGAGCAGUUUAACCCUGCUCGAAGGAGAGUUGUGUUUUAUUUUCCUCCCGCCUGCCUGUCCUUUUGGGAGAAAGUCGUGCGCUGAGAGAGGGGCAGAGCUUCUGUUUCACUUGGAGAGCGACUCUGUUUUGUCCCUCGUCACCAUGCUUAGGGAUAGGUGAGGUGUUUUUUUUUUACUUCUUCCAAGGGGGGAGAGGGAGAGAAAGUGAGAGGGAGGGUGAAAGAGAGAAGUAGUCAAAGUAUAAUUUAUUGUUUCCUGUGAAAAGAGCAAGGCUGCACCCUUUUCUCCUGCCUGAACUCUGAACCAUUCAAUGUGUGUCUGAAGUUUUCUCAGACCACGGGAGCCAUUGAUCGGAGGUCAGGGCAGCGAACGCAGGGGUGAAAGACAAGAACAGAGAGAGCAGAGGGAUUAAAGAAGAGAGAGAGAAAACAGCACUGGAAAGGACCUCCAGGUCAUUACAACCAGACGGCAAAGGGGAGAAAGGUCAACACAAGGAAGACCGGGACAACUUUUUAUCCCACUUUUAGAUCUUCUUGGACAAAGCCUGCCUUCAACACAAAUCUGGAACCACUGUUUUCUUGCCUGGAAUCAGUUUUUUAGACUUUGAGAGUAGUUGGUAGCUGGGGGACAGGGCGGGUCUGUGUAUGAUCAACUCACAGGGCUGCGUGUCUCAGAGAAUAUGGCCAUGGUGAGCGGGGGAUGGGGCAACCCCAACGGGGACACUAAUGGACUGGGAGAGAAGGCUUACCUGAGGAGGGAGGAAGAGGACGGUUCACCUCAGGCCGGAAGCAGCGAUGUGGACGUCGGGGAUGAGGACAAGACCUGUGUGGUGGACUGCGUGGUGUGCGGGGACAAGUCUAGCGGAAAGCAUUACGGCGUGUUCACCUGCGAGGGCUGCAAGAGCUUCUUCAAGAGGAGCAUCAGACGAAACCUCAACUACUCCUGCAGAUCAAAUCGAGAAUGCCAAAUCGACCAGCAUCACCGCAACCAGUGCCAAUACUGUCGUCUGAAGAAAUGUUUCCGUGUUGGAAUGCGCAAAGAAGCAGUCCAGCGGGGCCGAAUCCCUCCAUCUCACCCAGGUAUCAGUCCAAACUCCCUGGCAGGUGGGGUUGGAGGUCCAGUGCCAGGUCACAUUGGGGCGGACUACUUCAACGGGCAGCCGGUAUCAGAGCUCAUCUCCCAGCUCCUCCGGGCUGAGCCGUACCCAAACAGCCGCUACGGGACCCCAUACAGUCAGGCACAGAUGCAGGCAUCUGCGAGUGGAGCCUCCGUCAUGGGCAUUGACAGCAUCUGUGAGCUGGCUGCUCGGCUCCUCUUCAGCACCAUCGAGUGGGCCAGAAACAUCCCAUACUUCCCAGAACUGCCAGUCUCAGAGCAGGUGGCGCUGCUAAGGCUGAGCUGGAGCGAGCUGUUCAUCCUGAACGCGGCUCAGUCUGCUUUGCCUAUACAUAUGGCUCCUCUGCUGGCAGCUGCUGGUUUUCACUCAUCGCCCAUGUCUGCUGAGCGCGUGGUGUCCUUCAUGGACCAGGUCAGGGUUUUCCAGGAUCAGGUGGACAAGCUGAACAGGUUGCAGGUGGACACAGCCGAGUACAGCUGCCUCAAAGCCAUCGCGCUCUUUUCACCCGAUGCAUGUGGUCUGACAGACCCAGCCCAUGUGGAGUCACUGCAGGAGAAAGCCCAGGUUGCCCUAACGGAGUAUGAGAGGUUACAGUACCCCAACCAGCCUCAACGUUUCGGCCGCUUACUGCUGCGUCUGCCGGCUCUGCGUGCCGUGCCAGCCAACCUUAUCUCCCAGCUCUUCUUCAUGCGGCUGGUGGGCAAGACACCCAUCGAGACACUGAUCCGGGACAUGCAGCUAUCGGGGAGCUCCAUCAGCUGGCCCUACGCACCAGGACAGUGAACCCUGUUAAGUCUAGAGUGAUACAGGCUGAGAUCAAAUUGGGAAAUUAGAGCUCACAAAGAUGACAUACAAGUACAGAUUGAAUGUUAUGAAGACAAACUGGGAUCUCGUUUAGAUGUUAAGGGUCCUGUUUGUUUCAGCUUUUCCCAAUAUAGCUCUGUAAAGUCUGGUUGAAGUCACACCAACAUUGCUUUCAGGGAAACAAAAAUGUGUUUUUGUCUUUAUAUAUAUAUAAAUAUAUAUAUAUAUAUGUUUGCAGCACUUGUCAGUUUUGCUCUCUGACCUCAAUCUGAUCUCUCUCUGUGUCAUUCUGGACAAAAAAAACAGGGCUUUAAUGCAACUGCAGACUCUAACACGAGGCCAUGUGCCUGUACUACCUCCUCCCAUAUCACCCCUAAUGUGACUCAGUUUGUACCCAGGCUCUGUGUGUUUUCCCUUGUGUGUGUGUGUUGUUUUUUUUUAAAGUCAAAAUGAAGCCAUAGCAGUGCCACUUUUACAGGCCGAGCGGGUCUAUAGUGGCAGCUUCAAAGCUUUAUAUUGGACAUUUUGUGCAGAUCAUACCUAAGUUGUCUCAUGUUUGAUAUGUACGAUGGGAUAUCAGACUUUGUUACCAAAUGUAUUUGUGAAGACUACAAAAUAUCACCUUGUACAACAUUAAAAUAAAAAAAAGAUGCAUGGACAUUGUAUUGUAUACUGUACUAUAUGAAGUACUGUAUAUAACAAAAGACAUUUCCUAUUUUAAAAGAAAUAGUUCAUCAUUUGGGGGAUGCGGUUAUUCGCUUUCUUGCUGAUUUAGAGUAUUGAUUCCAUUUACACGCGUGUGCAGUAAAUACGAAACAAAGCCAGGAGCCAGAAACAGGGGGAAACAGCUAGUCUGGCUCUGUCCAAACGUAACUUUCUACUGGUUUCACAUGAGCUGCUGGUUCCAGCUUCACAUUUAUUGUACUCUGUGUGCAAGAAAAUGAUUAACUGUAUUCCUCAAAUUGUUGAGCUAAUCCUUUAAUAUCAUAUAUUAUACAAUAAUGUUCUUGCAGUAGUGAUUGACCCGAAAUGGAGGUGAAUGUACGUGAAUAUACCCUGGCUUCUAAGACAGUCACAACCCUGUCUAACAUUUUUACCUCAGCUUUUAUACACCAUGACGUUGUUUGUCCAUGUGCUAAAAAUAAAUAUAAAGGGAUCAAGGUAUCUUUAUCACAGAAAACGUAAACAGUAAUAUUUCCCUAUUGACCUGUCUGUGCACCAGACUUUGGUCAAAAAAAUGUUUGUUCUGAAAUGUUAUGCUUGAUGUAAGAGGACACUGAAAGUUUAAGCUUUUCUCUUUAAUCUCUACAAACUGGAGAGUGUCUCCUUUGCUUUUAUAAAGGUAGAGGUAGUUCAUUUUGAUAUCUUGUUUUUUUUUUGUUUUUUUUUUAAAUGUGUGGUCCAUUUUUAAAAGCAGUGUGUUAAAGCACAACCCAAUGGACGGAGGUCACUUUCAGAUAAUUAUUCUGCUUAUGUAAGGUACUCCAAGUGUUGUAAGUGUCGUAAAGGUUAUGGUGUUUGUUGGUGCUGAGAUAAGGGAUACUAAGAAGUCACAUUCUUGUGUUAUUGCCUUGAACUGCAGCUCAGUGUGACAAAUGUGUUGCUUGCCAAAUUAACUGACUGAAAGAAAAGACAAUGUGGGGAUAAACGUGGAGUUUUUGUAAUACUUGUUAUUGUAUCAUAAAAAAAAGGCAACCAUGGCCAUGAUCCCUGAUGCUGUCAAACCACUUCAUCAACAGCUCACCAUGCUGUCCUUGAAUCACUUUGUGUUAUUUGUUGGAAUAUAAACUAUAGUGAUUUGACUGUGUAGCUUUACGUUUAAAAGAAGCAUGUUUCUAAGAUCAUGCCAAACUUAAAAAUGCAAAAGAAGUUCAUAUGGUUAUUUUUGCAAUACUAUAAAUAAAAGUAUGCACAUUC